GUCAGACGUAGAAUCCCAUCCAUCGUCUGUUCGGGAAAGCCCGCGAACAGUUGCCGCCGACCGCCGUGCUGCCUGCCAUGGCGUCAGAGCAAGAUGCCCUCGCGUCUCCUCUCCUUUAAUUUUUUUUUUUAAAUCUCCACUAAAAAUAUUUUGUAGGCGUAACAUUAAAUCAAUAAAAUCAAGCAAGUUGUUUGGAUGCUUAUGAGUAUGGAGUCCGUCGUCAUUCAACCUUCUCUGUUCUCUUGUUUUUCUUUCUUGGACACUCUGUCUUGGAUCUUCUCUGUGGACCCAGAAAUGAGUAGUCAUAUACAUUACUUGAACCAGAGAGCGAUCCGGCCAUUGAAGCUCUUUGAUCCUUCUUGCUCUCUCGGUUGCUCCGCUCUUGAUUAGCUUCUCAAUCGAUUGAUUCGAUCCCCACCAAACAAAUAGGACGUCUGCAGUCUGAUCUCGUAAAGCCAUGGCGUUGUGGAGCAGUAAGAGUAGAAAAUGGUGGGCAAUGUUGUUGGGUCAGGGAGUUUCGUUAUGCCUUGCUCUCAGCGGCUUCAGCACUUCCCUCCUUGCCUCUCUGGGUGUUGAUGCGCCCAUAGCUCAGGGCUGCUUCAAUUACUUCACUUUGGCCUUGGUUUAUGGCGGCAUAUUGCUGCACCGACGCCAUAAGCUGCAGGUUUCUUGGUAUUGGUAUCUCCUCGUAGCAUUUCUUGAUGUACAGGCCAGUUUUCUUCUGAACAAAUCAUACCAAUUUUCCUCAAUCACCAGCGUCACAUUGCUGGUCUGCUUUACCAUACCAUGGGUCAUCGUUCUAACUCGGGUGUUCCUGGGCACCCGCUACUCAAUCCUGCAGUUGGUUGGCUCAGCGCUUUGUGUACUUGGUCUUGCUCUAGUGCUCUUAUCUGAUGCUGAUGGUGGUGGAGGUGGCUCGAUGCCUCUUUUGGGCGAUACGAUCGUGAUUGGGGCAACAAUUUUGUUUGCCUUCGCCAAUGUUAGUGAGGAGUUCAUUGUGAAGGAUGGAGGCCAGAUUGAGAUGGAGAUGGAGAUGUUGUCGAUGAUGGGUGUUUUUGGGUUGCUAUUCAGCUUGGUUCAGCUAUCUGCAUUUGAGUUGCAGGCUCUAGGGUCAGUGAACUGGUCUUUAGAUAUGAUAUGGGCCAUCUCUGGCUACACACUCUCAGUCUUUUGUUUAUACUCCAUGACUCCUUGGGUUCUCAAGAUCAGCUCGGAAUUGUUUUUUAUGCAGUUGAGUGGAGCCACAAUGUUGAGUCUUUCCAGCCUGACUAGUAAUAUGUGGGCUGUUGUUAUUCGAACCUUUUUGUUCCACCAGAAGGUGGACUGGCUUUACUUUCUUGCCUUUGCAGUGGUGAUUCUUGGGUUAGUCAUUUACUCCACAAAUGAGAAGGCUCCAGUUCCUGAUCAUGAUUUAGAUGGUGGGAGUUCAUCGAGGACAGUAUGUCAAGGACUACUUGCUGAUGAAAAUGGAGCGGCAAUAGCAGGAAAUGAAGGUUCAGUUCCAUGAUCGUAAUAUUUAUGUGCACACAUGUUUCUUCUCGUAGUUAGUCACAUAGACAUUGGCGCUCUAUUCGUGGAAAAGAAUGUUAUUUUUCACAGAAAUGGUCAGGUUCAGAAGUUCCAUGUACCACAACUUAGUGCCCGUGCUAAGUUAUAGUAUGUAGGAAGACCCUUCUCCAAAUAGGUUCUGCGGUUGUCAUACACUUUAUACACAAUUCAAUACCAUUGAUAGAGCAUUAUUCUAAUUCUACAUUGUUGAUUCCGUUUAUCAUAGUUUGAUAACUUGCA